AAUCGAAAGGCCCCUCUGGUUUUGGGGAAGCGCAAUUCUCCGUCUCCUACCACCCUACCCUACCACCAUAGCAUCUUCCUCAAUUUUACCGAAAGAAAUAAAGAAAAUCUCUGCUUGUUCUCUUACUCAUCCUCAGCUCGACUCGGAAAACCUUUUCGCAGAGAUUAAGCCAAUGAUAAUUCAUUGUUAGACUAUUCUAAAAUUUGCUUCAUUUCCAUUUCCCCCAAAAUCAUGAGGGCAUCAUCCUUAUUUAUCCCUCUCUUCCUUCUGAUUAUCGUCUUGAUUUUAGUUGUGGUGGUGUUUGGAAGUUCGCCAAGUUCCGACCCUGCUUUAGGCUCCCAAGAUCCGCAUCCGCCUGCUCCACUACUGACUCCAAAACACGACGCUAUCAUAGCUGUUUCCCCAGAUGGCACAGUGUAUUACGUGGAGAGCAGUUCAGGAAAAAUCCUCUGGUCAUUCUCAUCUGGCCAAUCAAUUUAUUCUUCAUUCCAAAAAAUGCCGAAUCGUGAUGGCGAAAAGCUCAAUGCCUCGGCUGAUGGUGAUAGCUUUUAUAUAGAUUGUGGAGAAGAUUGGGAGCUCUAUUUGCAUUCGAAUGGCUUCAGUAAAGUGAAGCUCCCACUUAGUGCUGACGACAUGGUGAAGCAGACCCCAUUUGUAUCAGCGGGUGGUGGUGUUAUGUUAGGUUCAAAGAAAACCGCGGUAUAUCUUCUUGAUGCUAAAACUGGAAAGGUUGUGCAGACUUUUAGAUCUGAUAAUCCCGAGUCAAUCGAAAAGCAUGAUUCUGAUGAAACUUCUAGUCUAACGAGGAAUGACAUUGAGGAAUGGCUACCAACGAGUACGAUGAAUUCAGUGGCUAUUGAGGAGCCACUCUAUGUUACGAGAACUGACUAUGCUUUAAAGUAUACUUCUAUGAAAACAGGAGAAGUUCUAUGGUAUCUCAUGUUUGCAGAUAUCGAAGCUUCUUAUGAGUGUCAAGGAAUUGAGAAUUUUUUAGGUGGAUACAAGCAGAGUAACAAGUUCAGACCAGGGGAAGGGUUUGAUACAAAUUUGCCAUUAAAUUGUAAGACAAGGCCUGUGGUUUAUCGCAUUCGUGACCGUAGCUCUCUGGAGCCUCUUUUUCUAGCGAAUAAGAUGAAAGAUGCUCUGCCAGGUAGUGAAGUUCUUUCUUUACCGGCUCUUGAUCAAUAUGUUACUGAUUCGAGUUCGCCUUUGUCCUAUCACGACCAACAUGGUAUAGUUCCCUUGGACGACUUUUUAGGCCCUCAUUUAAGCAAGAAUGAAAUUCUUGCACUUCCUGCGGCUGAUCGGGAUAAUUACAUAAUUGGGAGCCUUCCUGACAAUCGUGAUAUGCACAUUGAUAGUCCAGUUCGAACCAAUUUUUGGCUUCCGUUGAUUACUUAUGCCUUUGUGCCUAUAGCCAUGGUUUAUGUUUUGUUUCGUAUAGCUGCUACUGUUCAUAGUCGGGCUAAGGCUAAGGUACAAAAGCCUUUGGAAGAAGAUAUUAAGUCGCAGAAUAUGAUUCCGAAAAAGAGGAAAGCGAGGAAAUCGGUUGUUAAUAAUAGCUCUCAAAAUAGCAUAGCAGAUGGAUUAUCUUUGCUGAGCCCUUUUGAUAAUAGCAAUAGUUAUGUUGACGGACGAAAGAUUGGCAAAUUGAUCGUCACGAAUAAAGAAAUAGCAAAGGGUAGUAAUGGAACUAUUGUGCUCGAAGGAAAGUAUGAUGGUCGUUCAGUUGCUGUUAAACGUCUUGUCAGGUCACAUCAUAGUGUAGCCGUGAAAGAGAUCCAAAAUCUUAUUGCAUCCGAUCAACAUACAAAUAUUGUGAGAUGGUAUGGAGUAGAAUAUGAUCAAGAUUUUGUCUAUAUUUGUUUGGAGCGAUGCACGUGCAACUUGCACGAGCUGAUCUUAGCUUGUACUUCUCAUGAUCAAGUCGCAAGCUUGAGUCGGGAUCAUGAAUCUCUUGGUCUCGUUGGUUCUAAUACCCAAUUGCUUCGGAUUUUCGAAAGUAGAAAAAAGCUCGAGUUGUGGAAAUCUAAUGGCUAUCCGUCGGCGUGGUUGUUAAAGUUGAUGAGGGACACCGUAUGCGGACUUGCUCAUUUGCACGAAUUGGGAAUCAUACAUCGAGACUUGAAGCCUCAAAACGUUCUUGUUAUUAAAGAUAGAUCAAUAUCCGCCAAAAUUUCCGAUAUGGGUAUCAGCAAACAUUUAGAAGGGGAAAUGUCGUCUUUAACGAAAAAUACUACAGGCAUUGGUAGUUCGGGAUGGCAGGCCCCAGAACAAUUACGAAACGAACGCCAAUCUCGUGCUGUAGAUUUAUUCAGUUUAGGCUGCAUAUUGUUUUUUUGCAUGACGGGUGGCAAACACCCUUUUGGGGAAAAUUUGGAACGUGACAUUAACAUAGUCAAUGAUCGGAAAGAUCUGUUCUUGAUAGAUGGAAUCCCGGAAGCUACAAAUCUCAUUUCUCGACUUUUGGAUUCUAAUCCAAACGAGAGGCCAACGGCUAUAGAAGUAACUCAUCAUCCGUUGUUCUGGAAUUCCGAGUUGAGAUUGUCUUUCCUACGUGACGUUAGCGACAGAGUCGAGCUGGAGGACAGAGAAAGUAAAUCCGAAUUGCUAGAAGCUUUAGAAAGCAUAGGAAAAACUGCUUUUAACGGCAAAUGGGACGAGAACCUCGACACUGCCUUCAUCAACGACAUAGGUCGCUACAGGCGCUACAAAUUCAACAGCGUGCGAGACUUGUUACGUGUCAUACGGAACAAGAUGAAUCACUAUAGGGAACUUCCGAAAGAAAUCCAAGCAAUAUUAGGAUCAGUUCCCGAAGGAUUCGAUGAGUACUUCUCGACUCGAUUCCCUAAGCUUCUUAUCGAAGUAUACCGCAUAAUUUCUAUAUUUUGUGCAGAGGAAGAAACAUUCCUCAAGUACUUCAAGAACACCAGACUUUAGACUCUUUAAAUUCAUGUGUGUGUAAACUAUUUGUAGAUUAAUGUACAUUUCCAGGCCUGUGACAUAAAUAUUUAUUGAUACUACUAACUAUAUAAACCAAGUUCUUAGAUAAUGUCUACAGAAAUUCUAUCAUAUUCAUGGAUCGACUAAUGGUGGAUAUUCUGCAAGUUCUUCA